UGCUCAUCGUGCACGGAUCUUGCAAAGGAUCUAUAUAUUGAUCAUUGAAUUUUAAUUUAAUAUUUUCCUUAUGUUAUAUUAUAUUCACUUGUAGACCAAUUAGAAUUGUUGUACAUUUUGUAUAAAUUAUAAAAAGUUUUUAAAAAUAAAUCUAAAAAAUGGGGCAUUUCCGAAUUUUAAUAAUACUAUUGGUAGCGUUCGCCGUAAUGGUCAACGGCGGACAGUACUUACAAUCAAGGAUAAUCGCAUCUGGUGGUUGUGAUAACUACACUUGUGGAAUCAACGCGAAAUGCACAAUAAGUCGUGGGCGUCCUGUGUGUUCUUGUCUCAAUCUUCAUAUGGGCGAUCCUCUUUCACAAUGUAUACGUGUCGAGUGUUUAAUUAAUGAAGACUGUAUUGGAAUUAAAACUUGUAUAAAUAAUAAAUGUGUUGAUCCAUGCCCUGGUUUAUGUGGUAUAAAUGCAUCAUGUGAGACCAAAAAUCACAUACCUCAAUGUUAUUGCCCACCUGGAUAUACAGGCAAUCCUUCUAAUAAUUGUCAUUUAGCCGAUCCGCAAGCAGCAUGUAAACCUAGUCCAUGUGGAGAAAAUACAAGAUGUGAAGUAAUUAAUGAAAUACCUGUUUGUACUUGUCUUUCUGGUUAUAAAGGAUCGCCUUUAACUGGUUGUCGUCAUGAAUGUGAAAACGACCAUGAAUGUCCUAAUCAUCUAGCAUGUUCAUCUUUAUUUAAAUGUGAAAGUCCAUGUAAAUGUGGUAAAAAUGCUAAUUGCGAUGUUGUCAAUCAUCUUGCCAAAUGUACAUGUCCACAUAAUUGGUCAGGAAAUCCAUAUCUUUCUUGCCAUCCAGAAUGUACUACUCACUCUGAUUGUCCAGCUAGCAAACCUGCUUGUUUCUAUCAAAAAUGUGUAAAUCCUUGUGAUGGUGUAUGUGGAGUAAAUGCUGAUUGUAACUUACGUGAUAUUACUCCUGUAUGCAGUUGUCCAAGACAUAUGACAGGGAAUCCUUUUGUAUAUUGCAGAAAUUUUGAACCAAGAGAUCUUUGUGAACCAAACCCUUGUGGUAUAGAUGCAAUUUGUACUCCUGGUCAUGAUAAUACAGGUAAAGAAAGACCAGUUUGUACAUGUCCUACUGGUUAUAUUGGUAACGCUCUAAAAGUAUGUCAACGGGGAGAGUGCCUUAGCGAUAGUGAAUGUCCCGAUAAUCGAGCUUGCAUAGAUUUCACUUGUCAAAAUCCAUGUACUGGUUAUGAGUGUGGACCAAAUGCCGUUUGCACUCCAAGGCGUCAUAUUGCUGUUUGUACCUGUCCUGAUGGAACACGUGGUGAUGCACUUUUUAAUUGCAAUCCAAUUGAUAGUAAAACGGCAUAUUAUGCAAGAUCUUAUCGGUAUCGCUCCUAUUAAAUCGAACGGAAUUUUUAUGUAAAUAUUAAUGCGCAAAAAAAAUAGAAAAAAGUGUAGUGUAAACCUAAAAGUAUAUUUUUAUCCAUAGUUUUGAUGCUUUUUUUAUGUAUUUUCACAUAUAAAAACGUAAUAUAAUAAUAUUCGAUAUAAUUCUACAUUUAUUUUUUCUAUACCGUAAUAAAAAAUCUAUAUCUAUUAAGUUGAAUUCAAAUAUCGUGCCACGAUUUAGCGCGUCAUAAUGUCACAAAAUUUCAAAAAUAUAAAGUGCCGGACAAAGUAUUUCUAUUAAAGAUUGGAUUCAUCUUGUACUAUGAAUUAUACAAAAUAUAAUAUAUAGUAAUAAAUUUAAUAAUUGACAUUCAAUAAUAAUCGAAUAAAUAUUAAUAUAAAAUAUAAAAUAAAGAAUAUAGUGAUUAUUACUUCGUGUAUAAAAGCACAAACUAGUUCAUACAGAUGGCGGUACUGUCACAAUGUCGUACUUUUCAACAAUAAUAUAAGUUAAAAUUAGUGCUAUUAAUUAAUUUUAUUAUCUCUUAUUCUGUUAAUUUGUUUUUCUUUUCUUGUAUAAAAAUGAUAAUAUUUUUUUCCAUUAGAUUUCCCAUAUAUUUGUACACUAUGAUCUAAAGUAAAUAAAUUAAAUUAUUUCGAUUGAA